AAGCAUGCCAGGGAAUCUGUGAUCAUAUAGUUUAUCAAACUCCUCUAUGCGCCAUGGAGGUACAUAAAGCUAGUUUCAGUGUAUACGAUAAGACACUGAAUGUAAUGUCUGUGGAGUUGAAAAGCGGAGUUUACAUUUGGGUUGGCGAUGAGUCGCUGACCUUCCAGGACUUACACUGUGGAUUCCCUAAUACUACUAUCCAGGGUGAAGACACUCUUGGAACUACAUUGAUAGGUGAUUUGGAUGCCAUAUCUUCCGAUAUUUCAAAGGCACUGGCUAAAAAACUCAAUAUACCCGUAUUUCUAAGCCUAAACUACGAUGAAACAGAUUGUACGGUCCAAUCUGUGCUUCAACAGGAGCUCAUGGAUACGAUAAUUAACAUGUAUCCUCAGUACGUAAAGACAUAAUUUGGUGCUAAAGUCAGUAUGUGGUACGCUUAACCGGGUUACAAUGUGCGGUCUGUAUCAUCUAGAAGAAAUCAGCGUGGCAUCUGCAAUACUGCGUCCCGGGGUAACGUACACUUAAAUCAUGUGCUCCACUGGAAGAUCCACAGUGAAAUCGCAUCGUUAUAGCGAAUAGGAGUAUUGACCAGAAAGAUGUUCACAGCUAUAGAAUCAUUUAAUAUCGAAAUAUCGCGAUCGCUGCUUCUCUUUGGCAACUGUUCCCUAAUGUAGAUUUCUCAC